GAGGGAAGAGGAUGGAGAGAGCCGAAAGCGGGUUAGACAUAGUUCAAGGGCUCACGGGGCCAGGCCCCGAGUGGGGUCUGGCUCCUGGGCCCCCUCCAGGGGGAGAAGGCCAGGCCGGGAUGCCAGCAGGGCGAAGGAAGGCUCCUCCCAGCAAACAUAAGGGCCCAGGGCCUGGGGGGAUCCAGCGAUCCCCCAGGGCCCUCUUCUGCCUAAGCCUUACCAACCCAGUGAGGAGAUUCUGCAUCGCCGUCGUGGAAUGGAAGCCAUUUGACAUCCUCAUCCUUAUGACCAUCUUUGCCAACUGUGUGGCCCUUGGGGUCUAUGUCCCCUUCCCAGAGGAUGACUCCAAUGCAGACAACCACAAUCUGGAGCAGGUGGAGUAUGUGUUCCUGGUGAUCUUCACUGUGGAGACCGCGCUAAAGAUCGUGGCCUAUGGCCUUGUGCUGCACCCCAGUGCCUACAUUCGCAAUGGCUGGAACCUGCUGGACUUCGUCAUUGUGGUUGUAGGGCUCUUCAGCGUUCUCCUGGAGCAAGGCCCUCCCCGUCCAGGGGAUGUUUCCCAUGCAGCAGGGAAGCCCGGAGGCUUUGAUGUGAAGGCCCUGAGGGCAUUCAGAGUCCUUCGGCCCCUCCGUCUGGUAUCUGGGGUACCCAGCCUGCACAUAGUGCUCAACUCCAUUCUGAAGGCCCUGGUCCCACUGCUGCACAUUGCGCUCCUGGUACUCUUUGUCAUCAUGAUCUAUGCAGUGAUAGGCCUUGAACUCUUCCUGGGCCGCAUGCAUAAGACCUGUUUCAUCCGGGGCUCAGACCUGGAGGCUGAGGAGGAUCCGGCCCCGUGUGCCAUGCCUGGCUCCUCUGGCCGACAGUGUCUUGCCAACCACACCGAGUGCCGGGGCCGCUGGGCAGGUCCCAAUGGUGGCAUCACCAACUUUGACAACUUCUUCUUUGCCAUGCUGACUGUCUUCCAGUGUGUCACCAUGGAGGGCUGGACCGAUGUGCUGUACUGGAUGCAGGAUGCCAUGGGGUAUGAGCUUCCCUGGCUCUACUUUGUCAGCUUGGUCAUAUUCGGCUCCUUCUUCGUGCUCAACCUUGUCCUGGGUGUCCUGAGUGGGGAAUUCUCCAAGGAACGAGAGAAGGCCAAGGCCCGGGGAGACUUUCAGAAACUUCGGGAGAAGCAGCAGAUGGAGGAGGACCUUCGAGGCUACCUGGAGUGGCUCACCCAGGCUGAAGAACUGGGCUUCAGGGACCGGGAGAAGGCAGAAGCCGAGGGGGAGACAGAGGCAGAGGCUGAGGAGGACGGAGUGGCCGCUGGAAGGCUGCAGCAACUGACCCUGUCUGAGAUGAUUCACAAGAAACAAAAUCGACUCCGGUGGUUCAGUCACUCGACUAGCAGCCAUGGUAUGGGUUCAUACUCUCCCCUUCCCCCUCUGCUUCUAGCUAGUGAAACGGGUUCAAUGAGUGCAGACACUGGGGCUGAGGAAGAUGAAGAGGCAGGGAACGCCUGUAGUAGAAACCUGGCCAAGAUCAUGAAGACCAGGCUGUGCCGCAGGGUCCGAAGGGCCAACAGGGCGCUCAGGGCCCACUGCCGCCAUGCGGUGAAAUCUGUGGCCUGUUACUGGACUGUUCUGCUUCUGGUCUUUCUGAAUACGCUGACCAUCGCUUCUGAGCACCACGGACAGCCGGUCUGGCUCACACAAAUCCAGGAAUAUGCAAACAAGGUCCUGCUCUGCUUAUUCACUGCGGAGAUGCUUCUGAAACUUUAUGGCCUUGGCCCAGCCGCCUACGCAGCCUCCUUCUUCAACCGCUUCGACUGCUUUGUGGUGUGUGGAGGCAUCCUAGAGACAGCCCUGGUGGAGGCUGGGGCCAUGCAGUCGCUGGGGAUCUCAGUGCUGCGCUGUGUUCGCCUCCUGAGGAUCUUCAAGGUGACCAGGCACUGGGCAUCCCUCAGCAACCUGGUGGCCUCACUUCUCAACUCCAUGAAGUCCAUUGCAUCCUUGCUUCUGCUUCUCUUCCUCUUCCUCAUCAUCUUCUCCCUCCUGGGGAUGCAGCUCUUUGGGGGGAAAUUCAACUUUGACCAGACCCACACCAAACGGAGCACCUUUGAUACCUUCCCCCAAGCCCUGCUUACUGUCUUCCAGAUCCUCACUGGCGAGGACUGGAACGUGGUCAUGUAUGAUGGGAUCCUAGCCUACGGGGGGCCCUUCUUCCCUGGAAUGUUGGUCUGCAUCUACUUCAUCAUCCUCUUUAUCUGCGGCAACUACAUCCUACUGAAUGUCUUCCUUGCCAUUGCUGUGGACAACCUGGCAGGGGGAGAUGCCAGCACCUCCAAGGGCCGGGGAAAGGAGAAGAAUGCUGAGCAGGGUACCAGCCCCCAAGACAACAGAGUGCUGGUGCCCUGUGGAGAGGACAAGGAAGAGCAAGAACAAAGUGAAGAUGGAGGUAAUGGAGAAUGGGCUUGGAAAGGGUCUCAGGAGGAGGAGGAAGAGGAGGAUGACCAGGAAGGAAUUAGGCUAGAACGCCUACAGGAAGUGGUACCCAAAGAGAAAGUGGUGCCCAUCCCUGAGGGCAGUGCCUUCUUCUGCCUCAGUCGCACAAACCCGCUUCGGGUGAGCUGUCACGCUGUCAUCCACCACCGCAUCUUCACCAACCUCAUCCUGCUAUUUAUCAUCCUGAGCAGCGUCUCCCUGGCUGCCGAGGACCCCAUCCGGGCUCACUCCUUCCGAAACCACGUCCUUGGUUAUUUUGAUUAUGCUUUCACCUCCAUCUUCACUGUUGAGAUCCUGCUCAAGAUGACUGCUUUUGGGGCCUUCCUACACCGAGGCUCCUUUUGCCGAAACUGGUUUAAUCUGCUGGACCUGCUGGUGGUCAGUGUAUCCCUCAUCUCCUUUGGCAUCCAUUCCAGCGCCAUCUCCGUGGUCAAGAUCCUCCGUGUGCUGCGGGUGCUCCGUCCCCUGAGGGCCAUCAAUCGAGCCAAGGGCCUCAAGCACGUGGUCCAAUGUGUCUUCGUGGCCAUCCGCACCAUCGGCAACAUCCUGAUUGUGACCAGCCUGCUCCAGUUUAUGUUUGCCUGCAUUGGGGUCCAGCUUUUCAAGGGGAAACUGUACAGCUGCACGGAUGAGGCCAAACACACACCGACAGAGUGCAAAGGCACCUUCCUUGUGUACCCUGAUGGAGAUGUGGCCCAUCCUGUCAUGAGGCAGCGUGUGUGGCAGAAUAGUGACUUCAACUUUGACAACGUUCUGUCGGCCAUGAUGGCGCUCUUCACCGUCUCCACCUUUGAAGGCUGGCCUUCGUUGCUCUACAAGGCAAUAGAUGCCCAUGCGGAGGACCAGGGCCCCAUCUACAACUACCGGCUGGAAAUCUCCAUCUUCUUCAUCGUCUAUAUCAUCAUCAUUGCCUUCUUCAUGAUGAACAUCUUUGUGGGCUUUGUCAUCAUCACCUUCCGAGCCCAGGGCGAGCGAGAGUACAAGAACUGUGAACUCGACAAGAACCAGCGCCAGUGUGUGGAAUAUGCCCUGAAAGCCCAGCCUCUUCGACGCUACAUUCCCAGGAACAGGCAUCAACACCGAGUCUGGGCAACUGUCAACUCCCCAACUUUUGAGUACCUCAUGUUCCUGCUCAUCCUGCUUAACACUAUUGCCCUGGCUAUGCAGCACUAUGAACAGACAGCUCCCUUCAGCUACACGAUGGAUGUCCUCAACAUGGUCUUCACAGGCCUGUUCACUGUGGAGAUGCUGCUCAAGGUCAUUGCCUUCAAGCCCAAGCAUUACUUCUGUGAUGCCUGGAAUGCUUUUGAUGCCCUGAUCGUGGUAGGCAGUGUGGUGGACAUCGCAGUCACUGAGGUCAAUGCAGUGGCCUGGGGGAGGUCCUCAAUGUUUGGACCUCCAUUCCAGAGCUCCGAGGAUAGCUCCCGGAUCUCCAUCACCUUCUUUCGCCUCUUCCGUGUCAUGAGGCUAGUCAAGCUUCUCAGUAAGGGGGAAGGGAUCCGUACACUCCUGUGGACUUUUAUCAAGUCUUUCCAGGCUCUCCCCUAUGUCGCCCUGCUGAUUGCCAUGAUCUUCUUCAUCUACGCUGUCAUUGGCAUGCAGAUGUUUGGGAAGGUGGCCCUCCAGGACACAACUCAGAUCAACCGGAACAACAACUUCCAGACCUUCCCCCAAGCUGUGCUCCUGCUCUUCCGGUGCGCCACCGGAGAGGCGUGGCAAGAGAUCAUGCUGGCCAGCCUGCCUGGGAAGCGCUGUGACCCUGAGUCAGACUUCGGACCUGGCGAAGAGUACACCUGUGGAAGCAGUUUCGCCAUUGUCUAUUUCAUCAGCUUUUUCAUGCUCUGUGCAUUCCUGAUCAUCAAUUUAUUUGUGGCUGUCAUAAUGGACAACUUUGACUACCUGACACGGGACUGGUCCAUCCUCGGCCCCCACCACCUGGACGAGUUCAAGAGGGUCUGGUCUGAGUACGACCCUGGGGCCAAGGGCCACAUCAAACAUCUGGACGUGGUGGCCUUGCUCCGGCGCAUCCAGCCUCCCUUGGGGUUUGGGAAGCUCUGUCCUCACCGUGUGGCCUGCAAGCGGCUGGUGUCCAUGAACAUGCCCUUGAAUGCUGAUGGAACAGUAACAUUCAAUGCCACCCUCUUUGCCCUGGUCCGGACAUCUCUGAGGAUUAAGACUGAGGGGAACCUGGAGAGGGCCAAUCAGGAACUGCGAGUCGUCAUUAGGAAGAUCUGGAAGCACACCAAGCCCAGACUCUUGGACGAGCUCAUCCCGCCUCCUGAUGAGGAGGAAGUAACUGUUGGGAAAUUUUAUGCCACAUUCUUGAUCCAGGAUUAUUUCCGAAAGUUCCGGCGUCGGAAAGAGAAGGGUCUGCUGGGGGCUGAAGACUUGCCAAGCAACUCAUCUGCCCUUCGGGCUGGACUGAAGACCCUGCAGGAUCUGGGCCCAGAGAUCCGCCAGGCCCUUACAUGUGCCCUGGAAGAAGAAGGAGAUGAUGCUGACCUCACGGCGGAGACUGACAGGUGCCCACAGGAUGCCCUGGACCCUCCCUCAUCAUCCCACCAUGCUUCUGUGUCUCUGACUAUGGCCACCGAGGAGGAUCCGGAAGUGGUGAGAAGACCUCUGCGUGGAGCCAAUUCUCACAGUGCUUUCCCCAUGCCAGAAGAGCUGCCCUCAGGACCUGAGGGCCUGGCAGAACAGGAGAAAGAAAAGGACCACUCUCCCAGCCAGGAUAAAAGACAACCCCAUCUAAAUGAGCUCAUCGGGAGGCCCCAUCACAUCCUCCUCCCACCACCACCUCCUCCUCGGGAACCCUCUGGACAACUGGGGAGGCUCCUGGGCCCACACUCCCGCCGCCGUCGCCUACUGCCCCCAACACCUGCCACCCAGAAGCCCUCUUUCACCGUCCAGCGUAUGCAACGCCAGGAGAGCUGCGAUGACUUCCCGAUCCCUGGAACCUAUCAACGCGGGGGAUCUUCUGGCAGCCGCCAGGCACAGGGUUCAUGGGCCACACCUCCUCAGCGGGGCCACCUGCUCUAUGCACCCCUGCUACUGGUGGAGGAGGGCAGGCUCCAGGGAGAUUACACUGAAGGGGAGUCCCAGGGCCCACUGCGCACCUAUGCCCGCCUGCAUGUGCCCAGCACCCACAUACCGCCCAGCCCAGGGAAAAGGGGCAGCGCUGACAGCCUGGUGGAAGCUGUGCUGAUCUCUGAAGGCCUGGGCCUCUUUGCCCGUGACCCUCGCUUUGUGGCCCUGGCAAAGCAGGAGAUUGCUGAUGCCUGCCGGCUGACCCUGGAUGAGAUGGACAGUGCUGCCUGUGACCUGCUUGCCCUGGGGGCUGCCAGGCCCUCCCCCGCCCAGACCCAAGUAUGGGGUCCCAUGGGUAGUGAUGAAGAUGAGGAAGUCCUCAGGGCCCCAGAGGUCGAGGAGGAAGAACUAGCCGAUGAGAUGGCUUGUGUCCCAGCCCGUUAGGGCUUUCCUCUUUCUAGGUCCCAAGACCCCUGGAGAAGCCUCAAGAGGCCAUCUCCUCUAUCUGGCUGGAGGUGAGCGAGAGGCAGAGAAGCAGAGUGGAGACAGAGAGAGGGAGAGACAGAGCCUGAGCUGUAGAGAUUCAUAAAGACUAGAGCUGGAGCUCCCCAGAGUAUAUGAAGAGUGCCCUGGCGGAGUCCCUACCCCUUAGCAUGGACCUCUGCACUCAGCAUAUAAGGAGGGUCUGUGAGAGAUCCCAAGAGACCCUGAAAACCCUUGAGAAACCCAAGAGAUCAAAAGCCCCCUGGUACUCCAAGAGCUGAGUCUCCCAAAUUUUAAAAAAAAAAGGUGACUAUUAGACUGCAUUUUAGGUGCAAGUCUGCCAGAGACAAUUUGAUCUCACUGAACAUUCAUUUACUGUCCAAGAGGGAGGAUUCUGGGAAGAUGGCAGAGUAGGUCAGAAAAUUUGCGGUCCUCCAUAUUUCUUCCAC